AUGUACACUAACAAUGCAAUUUCUCUCCUGUCUAGGUGCUUGGUUGCCAUGAUGGAGCGCUAUUUCCCUCGUAACUAUCUUGGCAAGGGACUAAUAGGUGCCCAAGUCGACCAACUAGUGCUGAAAGAAAUAAUUCAGGAAAAGCUUCCCAACCUGGCUGAGCAUCUAAACAAGAUGAAUGUCGACAUAUCAACGAUAACACUCAACUGGUUCAUCGCGAUCUUUAUCGAAGCGCUUACUUUUGAUGUGAGUAAAAACUAG